AUGUCCAGAUCCUUCUACGUGGAUUCGCUCAUCGUCAAGGACGCCCGGCCGGCCGAACACCCGGCGACGGCUGCAGCGGCGGCAGCAGCGGCGGCGGCGGCGGCGGCGGCCCACGACUUCCUGCUGCCCAUCAGCGUGCACACGCCGGGCGUGGUGCCGGCGUGCCCGUCCAGGAAGAGCGGCGCGUUCUGCGUGUGCCCGCUGUGCGUCAGCACGCACUUGCACUCCAACUCCAGGCCGGCUCUGAAAGGCCACUUCGCCACGGGCUCGGAGGCGGCGCAGUACUGCCACCGGCUCGCCCACCACCAGCACCAGACCGCCGCCUUGGCGCACCCGGGACAUGCACCUGUUUGCACGGCGUCCGUUUUCGCCGACCCGCGGAGGUACCACUGCAUCUCCAUGGGCGCCUCGGACAGCGGCCACGCGCAGAACGGCAAGCGCAUGCGCACGGCCUUCACCAGCACGCAGCUGCUGGAGCUGGAGCGCGAGUUCUCCAGCAACAUGUACCUGUCCCGCCUGCGCCGCAUCGAGAUCGCCACCUACCUGAGCCUGUCCGAGAAGCAGGUGAAGAUCUGGUUCCAGAACCGCCGCGUCAAGCACAAGAAGGAGGGCAAGGCGGCGCAGAGGAGUUCCCACGCCGCUGGCGGGGGCGGCGGCGGCGGGUGCAAGUGCUCGGGCGCGCCUUACCCUCGCUCAGAGGACGAGGAAUCGCUUUCUCCCGUUUCGGCGUCGGAGGAGAAGGACGGGCCGCUGGUCGUCAUGUGA